AUUCGAUUCGCCAAAACCACCACGCAGCGUAGAACCUUCCCCUUUUCCAAAUCAAAAUCCGAGACAGAAUUUCUCCAAUUUAGGGAUAAACAAAGGAUUCCGUUUUCAAGUUAAUCCUUUUUUUUGUUGACUUCACUGCUGUUUGAUUUUUGCAAUAUAUAUAUAUAUAUAUAUGCUUUCCUUGUUGGCUUCAUCUUGUUGUUUCCCUUGGAUUUGAAGCCAAAACCUCGACCAUCCGUUGCCUAUUUUCGCUCAGACCCAUCCAUUAAUUCAGGGUUUCGAUAUUCAUGGCGACGGCCACAAUGGCCACGGCUGCAGGUGCAGCUGCACUUCUGUAUUAUACACUGAACAAGAAGCUGCAAUCAGAUCCAGAAGUUGGUGACGAUGAAAAUGGGGGUGAGGUGCAUAGCCAUGCUCAAUUAGGAUCGGAUAGAGUGUCUCACAGACUUAUACAAGCGCCUGCAACGUGGCUAGAGACAAUUUCAACCUUAUCGGAGACCCUUAGAUUCACUUAUUCAGAGACUUUGGGGAAGUGGCCAAUUGGAGAUUUGGCUUUCGGGAUUAGCUUCCUUUUGAAAAGGCAGAGCAAAAUUUUGCAGGGUCAAUUGCACGUAAGUCGCGAAUUUGGAGGUAAAGAAAGUUUACAGCUUAAAGGACCCGAAAUUGCUGCAGAGCUCAGAUACCUUUUAAAUUUGCUGACAUUCUGCUGGCAUUUCUCGAAGAAACCUUUUCCUUUGUUUCUGGAGGAGACUGGAUUUUCCGAAGAAGAUGUUCUCCUCCAAGAACCUAAAGCUGGAAUUUUAAAGCCAGCCUUCACCGUCCUGGUUGAUCAUAAAACAAAGCAGUUCCUUUUAUUAAUUCGCGGAACUCAUAGUAUUAAGGACACCUUGACGGCUGCUACUGGAGCAGUCGUGCCGUUCCAUCAUACGGUUGUUUGCGAGAAAGGAGUUAGCAACCUGGUUUUGGGAUACGCUCAUUGUGGAAUGGUAGCAGCUGCUAGAUGGAUUGCAAAGCUAGCAACCCCUUGUCUUCUUACGGCACUCGGCAAUUAUCCUGAUUACAAACUUAAGAUUGUAGGACAUUCUCUUGGUGGAGGAACUGCUGCCCUUCUAACAUACAUUUUGCGUGAACGGAAAGAGUUAUCAACUGCCACAUGUGUUGCAUUUGCUCCAGCUGCGUGCAUGACAUGGGAACUGGCCGAGUCGGGAAAUGACUUCAUAAUUUCUGUAAUAAACGGAGCCGAUUUGGUGCCCACUUUUUCAGCUGCAUCAGUGGACGAUUUACGUGCUGAGGUAACUGCAUCUGCUUGGCUGAAUGAUCUGCGGAAUCAAAUCGAACGUACUCGAAUACUUAGUACUGUUUAUCGCUCUGCGUCAGCAUUGGGUUCCCGACUUCCUUCAAUGGCUACCGCCAAGGCAAAAGUCGCAGGCGCCGGCGCCAUUCUACGCCCUGUUUCUAGCCGUACUCAGGUUGUUAUGAAGAGGGCUCAAAGCAUGGCUCAGGCGGCUUGGUCCCGUCCGAGCCUGCAAAUAUCGACGUGGUCGUGUAUGGGUCCUCGCCGCAGACCGUCGGCAAAUCAGAUAAAUUCGAACGCAAUGGAGGACUCUCCGGAAUCAUCGAAUCAACGCGACUCAUUCGAGCCGUUUCUCGAGAAGACGACAACGACAACCGUCUCCGAAAUCGUAGAGCUUCCCGUAUCUUCAUCCGUCGGAGCAAUGGAGACCUCGAACAAACAUAUAAGCGAGAUCAGCCUCUCCGAUCCCGAGGAUGUUGUCGAUGAAAUCCGACACGAGGAUCGCAUGUCGGAAGUCGAGCUGUGGCAGCAAAUCGAGCGUGAGCUGUAUAACCAGGUGGAGUCCGACGAAGGCGACAGCUCGGUGAAGGAGAUCCGAGAAGAAGAAGCGGCGGCCAUCGCCGAGGUGAGCGACGGCGAGAUGCAGAGCUCAGUCCCGAAUACAAAAGAAGUUCACCGAUUCUUCCCCGCCGGAAAGAUUAUGCACAUCGUGACUCUGAUUCACGACGACGGCGAGCGGGAAGGCGAUAGCAGUCCGUCGAGCGACGGGAAAGAGGAAGAAGACAGCUCGACGACCACGACGACGAUCGCGACUACGGCGAGCGGCGAUCGGGUGGGAAUAUUUCUGACGCCGCGAUCGUUGUACAGUAAGCUGAGGCUGUCGCAGACGAUGAUCGCCGAUCAUUUUAUGCCGGUGUAUAGAAGGCAGAUUGAAAAGCUGAUCAAAGAACUGGAAGAUGAGGAUGAAGAUGAAGAAGAAGAAAUACAUUAGGUCUGAAUCUGAUUUUUUUUUUUUUUUUUUUCAAAGGAUGUUUUUGUUUUUUCGUUUCGAAUGAAAAUAGAACAGAGCAAUACAGUGACUAAUGAUGAUUCGUUGUCUGAUGUUCGAUAAAAACUACACACCAAAAUAAUAAUUAAUGCACUU